AUGCAGUACGUUGGUAAAGUAGGUGGUUAUGUCUACAAUCAAUGGAAUUCCUUAAAUCCAGCAACAUUACUGGGUGCCAUAGAUAUUAUAGUAGUUGAACAUGCUGAUGGUACAUUACAUACUUCACCAUGGCAUAUUAGAUUUGGGAAAUUUCAAAUUAUAAAACCAUCCCAAAAGAAAGUUGAUUUAUAUGUUAAUGAGAUAAAAACUGAUUUACCUAUGAAAUUAGGUGAAGGGGGUGAAGCAUUUUUUGUAUUUGAGGUUGAUGAUGAAAAUCGAGAAUAUUUAUCAAAUAGUGUUUUGACUUCUCCGGUUAUAUCUCCUGCAUCAUCCCCUGGGUCUUCGCCUGAUGGAUCACCCUUGUUGUCACCAGCAUCGGCAUCAUCUCCAAAACAAUCAGGAAGUGAACAGGCGGAAACGCUUGAAGAUUUGGAUUUAAAUGAUGAGAUUGAAGAUAAGAUUCGAUUGAAUGUCACGGUACCAUCACCACAAUUAUCAUCGACGCGUUCUAAAAGUCCAACUCCCGCGCCAUCCUCUUCAUCAAUUAGAUCUAAGAUUGUAAUUGAAAGUGCUAAAAAGGUUACACAAAAAUUAAAUAUCCCAUCAAAAGUUGAUAUAAAUGGAGAUAUGGUUAUAGAUAUGGAAGGUUAUAAAGCAAAUUCACAAAAAAAUAUUGAAAAUUCAGAAGAAUUAUUUAAUAAAAUUUUCUUAGAAGAAAUUGAAUCAUCAAAAGAUCAAUAUCCAAUUGGUCAAGAAAUUAAAGCAUGGGAACAAAUUAUAACAAAAGAUGAAAAUGGAAAUAUUAGAAUAUCAAAUCAACCAGAUUUUGAAGCAGUAGAUAUGGAAGAUGACAUAUCUAUAAGCAGUAGCGCCAACCUUCCAACUACAACAAGCACUACCACCAGUACAGCUGCCACCGAUAACAAAACCUAUUUCAAAACCCUCAGAUUGACUUCCGAACAAUUACAACAAAUGGGACUCCACUACGGAGAAAACACCCUAAAAUUCAAAUUAAGCGAAGGUGCCGCCCAAAUCACCUCCAAUCUCUAUCUAUGGAAAUCAAACACCCCCAUAGUCAUCUCCGAUAUCGACGGUACCAUCACAAAAUCAGACGCCUUGGGACAUGUCCUAAACCUAAUCGGUCGCGAUUGGACACAUCCAGGAGUAGCCAAAUUAUUCCAAGAUAUCCGUCUGAAUGGAUAUAAUAUCGUUUAUUUAACCGCUAGAUCUACAGGACAAGCUGAUUCAACUCGACAAUAUCUCCAAGGUAUAAAUCAAGAUGGGGUAAAACUCCCCCCGGGGCCCGUGAUACUUUCCCCCGAUCGGACAUUUGCGGCAUUAAGACGAGAAGUGGUGUUGAAGAAACCGGAAGUGUUCAAAAUGGCUUGCCUUUCCGAUAUAAAAAACCUAUUCUUCCAAAACACCACCACUGAUACAAGUGAUGAACAGACUCCAUUUUAUGCGGGUUUCGGGAAUAGAAUCACCGAUGCAAUAAGUUAUAGAUCUGUCCAUAUCCCCAGUCAUCGAAUCUUUACCAUAAACCCAGAUGGAGAAGUCCAUAUGGAAUUGUUAGAAUUGGCGGGGUAUAAAUCGUCAUAUCUUCAUAUUGGAGAAUUAGUUGAUCAUUUUUUUCCUCCGGUAAAACAGGGGAAUAGUUUGGAUACAUAUUGGAAUGAUAAUCAAUUGAAUGAAUAUAUGACUACUAGAUCAACUACUGGAGAUGGUCUUGUGAGUCCCGGUAGCCCGGGGUCGCCUAGGAGUAUGACUGAGGAGACAUUCCGGACUGAUGAACGGUAUAAUGAUGUGAAUUAUUGGAGGGAGCCGAUAAAUUUCGAUGAUCUCAGUGAUGAGGAGGAUGAGACUCCGGCGGGUGAGAAUAUUAAUGGGACGGUAUUGAGUGGAUCGCCAAAUUUGUUAUCUGGUGAUAAGUUGCAUGAUCCUUCAAGGGAACCUUCGCAAGAACCCAAUGUCAAUAAUCCGGAAUUGAUAGUCAAUAAUCGAAACACUAAUAGAAGUAGAGCAUCGACUUUGGAAAGACCAACUUCUGCAUCUUCGUUCACCUCCCCUUUGAAAUCAUUUAUGAUGUUUGGAAAGAGUAAUAAGACCGAUGAAAAGGUAGAUGACGAUGAUCAAGAUUAUGAAGAAGAAGAAGAACAAGUGGGAUUGGGAAUAGAUAGUAGUAGUCGUGAUAAUAAGGAGAAUGAAAGUGAUGAAUAUACUGAAGAAGAGGAUGAUUAUACCGAUGACGACUAUGAUGAGGACGAUUAUGAUGAAGAAGAAGAUGAGGAUUAUGAAGAUGAAGAGGAGGACGAGGAGGAAGAGGAGGAUGAUUAUGAGGAUGAUGAGGAGUAUGAUGACGAUGAAGAAGAAGAUUUAGAUCAAGUCCCAGACCAUGAUGAUGAUGAAUUGGAUAUACAAGAGAAAGAUAUCUCAAUUCAAAACCCCAAACCAAUUAUAGAAGAUGAUGAUGAAAUUCUUGUGGAUGAGAAAACUGAAUUUAUUAAAGCUAGUGAUAUUGAAUCAUUGAAGAUAGGUGAAACAGCUCAAUAA